AUGAGUUCAAAACGAAACUAUGCUUCCAGCAGCAAUGGCGGUGGAUACAGCAACAGAAACCAUGCUAGAGGACAAAAUAGAGAUAAAAGUCAACGGCCAUUACAGAAAUCAUAUGCAGAGCCCAACUUAUCAAACGAGACUCGAGCAGUUCAAUUACUGAGACGCAUAUUCAACGAUGACGACGAUUCCCUCUUUUCACGUCGAAUUGGCAACGCGAAUCAGCUCCUCAAGAUGCUGGAAGAGUCGAGAAGCACCAUUUCAGACUCGCUUGAAUUUCGACAGGAACAAAAGCAAUUGCUAGACAUUUGCGUAUACGAUGAAGGGCUUCGACGUAUUGUAGAGUUCACAAAAGCGCCGCCAGCAUUGAGAAACACCAUGCUAAAGAUUGUAUCGGGGCUCGCUUGUUAUACGAGACUGGAUCUUGCUUUGAGCUGGAUCUUUGAUAGACUCUCUGUCUGGGAGACGUCUGCCAAUGAUGCCAACAAGGAUCGAGAGUGGAAGAAAUGGUUGUUGAGAUUGCUAAAGCAGAUCUUGAUAGAUUCGGCUGCAGAUCAAUACACAUACAAGCAAACAGUGGAGAUGUCACCUAUGAUCUUGGCCAGCAUCAUUUCGUUUCUGGACACAAUGGAUUCAUCAGACUAUCUUCCAACUGUGGUAGAGAUUCUUGUCUAUUUCUCAGAGAACUAUCAAAAUAUAUUUGGACAGAGAUUUAAUGAUAUCAUUGACUUGCUAGUAGGAUGGAAUAUGGACCCUGAGCUAUUGGAACCAAAGAGAGCAAUCAUCGUUUCUUCCUACUCGAAAUUCAGUGUAUUCUGGGCUGGCUAUUUACCGUUUGCAGUGGAAUUGUUAAAUCACUUUUUGACCGACAUGCAGACCCUGAUCCGCGAAUUGACGAGCACACAUACACCGGAAGCACAGACCAGGAAGUGGGCAGCAUGUACUAGUCUAUUAAGCUGCUUCCACGCUAUUCUAGAUACCAUCUUACCACUGAUUACCACUACUACCCCCAGCAAUUAUCACAACUAUCAAGCGUUCAACAAGCUACUGCCAGGGCUUUUGGAUUUGGCUGUCAAAGCACAGCAAGCCAAGCCUGGCGAUCAAUGGACUCAGUCCGUCAACACAUUGCUGCUCUUACUGAUCUCAUACGAACCCGCCAAAUACCGAGCCUACCAAUACCAAUUAUACCUUUAUUUGUUUGGAUACCAACACAAGCAAGCGUUUUCAUACAGCAGUAGCGAGGACUGUCAGCAUUACCUUGAUUUGCUUUUACGAUUUAUCAAUUAUUGGGGCCAAGACAUUGACGAGCAGAUUGUGUAUCAGUUGCUGGACGUUCCAUCAUCACCGCUGUACAAGAUACGAAGCCAUUAUGCCCAUCACAGUCGAUUGAAAAAUGGACUUUUGUUGCUAUUGCGGUUUCUUAUCCGAGUGCCUGUAUCCGACCACAGUCGAAAUCAGCUAAACCACCAACUCAUUGCAAAGCUAGAAGAGCACCAGCGCCCACUCAAACAGCAACAUGGCAUGAAUGGUAGUAAAAACAUGCUUCAGCGUACGAUGGCCUUGAUUGAUCAGAACGAUGGCUCUAUUGCAUUGCCGAUUCCUGCUGACACACUCGCCAAACAAGUGGAUGACGAGCAGAUCCAGGAUGCCCUUUUCUUCAACUAUCUGUUACUCGACACAGCAGCAGUAUGGCCUAUAUUGCGCUUUGAAAACUCCUUGAUCUCGCUUGAAAUGCUGUGUAUCGCUUGGCAGAGCAAGUGCAAUGAUGUGUUUGAUUCUUGCUUUCAGCUAUUGAAGAACUUUUGGGCAAGUUUGCAUUAUAUGCUGGAAGACGAAUAUGCCGUAGAGAUGAUUACCUGCUUGGUUGCUGAUUUGCUAGACCAUUGGAAAGAAUUGAGUUUACAGACACGCCAAUCUGCGUGCCAUUUUGUCAAGGCUAUUCUGCUCGAGUUGUAUGAUACCGAAAACUUCCAUUUAGAUGUGCAUACGCUGUUUAAGCCCGUUAUCUCUGGGUUCCUCCAUGCUGCUGGCAAGGAAAAGAACAGCGGUACAAAGCAGCUUAUUCUCCAGCUUGUUACCUAUUACUGCCAAGUAUUUGGAUCCGCUGAAAUCAUAGACUUCAUUCUGGAGCAUGUACAACGCAGCAUCAACAAUCCAUACAGCACGGUGCAACGCGCAAGUAAAGACCUGCUGACCACUUUAAAUCCAUUCAUGAUAUCUGAAGUCAACAAGUUUGACGACUACACGACAGCCUUUAUCCAAAGUAUCAUGAUGGCCACACCACACACGGGGUCAUUCAGGCCUGUUCAUUACGAAAUUGCCAUGAAGCAUCUAGGUAUGUCAAAGCAUUUGCUGGGUGGUAGUGAAGCACACGAGGAUGACGCCAGUCAGCCCCUUUCAGCAGACAAGGAAAAUUCGUCAGGUUGGGCUAGACGCCUGUUGCAUCACUGUGAUACCGUCAACAACAUGAAGCACGUCAGUCUCUUUGCCGAACUAAAGGAAGACAUGGAACUUGGAUGUAUCGUUGACUUGAUCAAUAACAGUGAGCCAUUGUUGUGUUAUUGGGCCAUGUGGGAGUCAGCCAGGUAUUGUAUGCUCUCUCGUUUGCGCACGCCGUUUGGUGGUCCACAGCAGACUUUUGCAGCAUUCGAGCGUAUGCUGCAAACCUUGCUAUCAAAUGCCGAAUCGAAAAACUGUGAUGGCGAUAAGAACAUGGACCAUUUACGACACUUGCUGCUCUUGCUGGACCGACUGGAGCUUCAGAUAUCCAAUGCGACCGAUGGCUGCGCUACUGCAUCUCUGCCUGCGGUGCCUCGAUCCAGUCUGAUUUUCUUUAGGACCAACAAAAAGACAUGCCACGAUUACUUUUUGAGAAUCAGGCCCUCCAUGAUUGCCGGUGCUAAGAUUGUCAGAAACGAUCAUUUACUCAUCACACACGCAACCCAAAUUCUAAAGGAACUAGAGUCUGCUGUUCCAUCCACAGAUGUAUCAAAUUACUUUAAGCAAAUCAAUGGCUACUUGUGUGAUUUAGUGGAAGCAUGUAUCCGAGAAAAAUACAUGGAUUUGAUCUAUGGUAUGCAGGCUUGGUACAAAAAACUGAUUAGAAGAGUGCAGCACGCCCAUCCUCAAAGUCAAUUGAGUUUUGAGGGCUUGAUCGGCCCAGCAAAGGGAAGCUCUGAAGAAAGCGCCUCGAGCAAUGUUACCUGGUUUCAAGUAGCAGCUCAGUUUGCAUCAGGUCGCGAUGAAGCAGCCAUCAAAGCUUUGACCAGCCUCAAAUCAUUGGUGAGUCGAGAUGAAUUUGGCAUUCUGGAUAUGCUUGAUCGCCAAUUGAUCCACUUCUACACCUGUUUGGAAGAUUACGACUCGCUACAAAAAGCACUGGAUAGCGGAUCCACAGUGAUUGAUGACUUCAUCUGCGAGAGUCUACGUGCUUUCAAUGCCGGCAAUCAAGCUUCUGCAAAAGAGCAGGAAGAGGCUAUCAAGAAUGUCAAGGCAUUUAUCACCAAUGCUCCACUGGAAUCAUGCCUCGAAUUGUCUCGUCUCGACACGUUUAGGCAUUGGCUCGUAUCGUCAUCCUCAACCACUACUAGUGCAGAUGAUUCACUGCACAUUGGCAUCACCACUCGCUUGACGGGAAGAAUACUUCAAGUGCUCAAGGAUGGUAUCUUUAGCAACAUUUCAAGCUUGUUGGAGCUGCAACUUGUCCAAUCUGAUUGGGAAAACCUGAUUGCCAGCGCUAAAGAUUGGCUCUACAUGACCUCUGGCAACGUGUCCAAUUUCCAUCAUUUACCUCCUGAAACAAAGCACUGGGCAAGAUUAUCCACGUAUUUCGAAAGGCUGUAUACACACAACAAUGCAUUUGAGCACGCUGAAGUAAGUCAGUGUUUGGGUUUCAUCCAACUGCAUGCUGCCAAGGUAGCACGUCGUCAAGGCAACACCCUGCUCGCCGAAAAUCUCGUCAACAAGGCUGUCCGUGUUCCCGAUACCGAGUAUCUGGCACUGUAUGAACGUACAAAGAUCCUGUUUGCUCAAGGCGAAUAUGCGCAUGCCAUGAAAACUGCCAAUAGCGUCUUGAUGCAUGUGACAUCUGCUCCUGGAUAUGAAGAGUUGAAGAGCAAAACCUAUCUUAAAGUGGCCCGAUACCUCAAGAACUGUCCUGAUACUCAAGUGGAGGGCUUGUUGCACCAAUUGGAUGCUAGUCUGGUCAAGAUGCAAGCAACUGAUUUGCAAUCGGCUGUGGAAGUGUCUAUUGAUGAUGCGCUUGAAAAGUCUAUUGAAAACAACACCAUAGACGGAAGACCCUGGUUUGAUUAUGCCACGCAUUACUACAAGCAAGGCUGGCGUAUCUUGGAUGAUAUCACAAAACCGGAUGUGUCUAUGCCAGCUGUUCUUUGGGCCAAAAAGAAAAUGCAAAGUGUAUUAAGUGAUGCUGUAAAAGACACCUCGAUAGAUAGCACGCAAGUUGAAAAGUCCAUUUUUGCCCUGUUGCUAAAGUAUUCCAGUGCUGUGGGCGACAAGGAAUUAUCAGAUUCCGAUGCAUUGAACUCUGAUUUGAAGCAACUGAUACCCUUUCUGGAAUCCAGCAGCCAAGCGAUUAUUGUGGACACUAUGAACGUAGUGCAGCAAAUGAUCAUUGGCAAGUUUUAUGCUUCUGCGCAAGCGUAUUUCCGCUAUCUAUCACUCGACAUUCAUAACCAGCAACACUCUGAUAGGAGUGCCAAUAUCAGUUCCACAUCCAUGAUCAUCACAGCAACUCUUCGUCUAUUGCGAAUUCUGACGAAAUACGGCAAAGCACUGCAGUCGCUGUUUACCAAGCACAUUGAGAUGGUGCGUGUUGACUUGUGGAAGCCAGUGAUCCCACAGCUGUUUGCUCAAUUGAACCAUCCCAAUGACUUUGUGCGUCAAAUCAUCGGAAAGCUAAUCAGCCGCAUUUGUGAUGAGUAUCCUCGCGAAAUUGUGUAUGAUGUGAUUGUGAAUUCGACUUCUUCAAAGACAAACCGCGAAACAAAGCAGAGUCUGGACGCCAUUGCCAAUCGCAUGAUGGAUAGAAACGAGCUGUUGUGGGUCUCGACACGACGCAUGGCAGAGGAAUUAGAGAAAAUCACUGUACUGCUGGAAGAAAGAUGGCUCAACAAGAUUGCUUCCUUACAGUUCGAUGUCAUGCAACAGUUUACCAAGCUAGAUCAAGAGUCUGAACGUCUGCAAAAGUCCAGCAUGGAUCCAGCUGAACAGGAAACAAGCUUUUUGAAACUGUAUGAUAACAUGAUGAAGUUUGUCAUUACUUCCAUUGACAAGUUCUUGAUGGAGACGGCUUAUGACUCUGUUGUGGCCACUCCUCACGAGCAAUGGUUUCAAAAAUCAUACGGUAAACAGUUGACUCAGGCUUGCAAUCUACUUCAAAGGCCUACUUCAAUGAAAAACUAUCGUCAAGGCUGGGAAUGCUUUCAGCAGUUUCAUCGUCAACUCAUGGUUGAAACUCACAAGGUGCGUAUUCUGGAGCUCUCUCAAGUAUCGCCCUACCUUCAUAACAUGAAGGACACGCCUAUUGGCAUUCCUGGUCAGAAUGAAACGCAAGAAUCCUGCUUUAUUGAUUCAUUUGGCUCCAGUGUCAUUGUAUUGCCCACAAAAACCAAACCCAAGAAACUCGACUUGAAGGGCACAGACGGCAAAAAGUACUCCUACUUAUUCAAGGGCCUGGAAGACCUUCAUCUGGAUGAACGCAUCAUGCAAUUACUGACAACAACCAAUGGUUUAUUGAGUGAAAACGGAGCCACGGCGCUUCGUGGUAUGCGAGCCAGAACAUAUGCUGUUAUUCCCUUGAGCGACCAUUCAGGCAUGAUUCAAUGGGUGAAUGAUGCUACCCCAUUCUUUGCGUUAUUCAAGAAAUGGCAAAAGAGAGAAUCCACUGCGCACAUGCUCUUGAACAAUGAUAAGCCCAACGAAGCUUACCUGCAGAGUCUGAUGCAGAGACCUACUGAACAAUUCACAGCCAAGGUGGCAUCCUUCCUCCAAUCGGCUGGAUUGCGCGUAACCGCCAAUAGAAGGUACUGGCCCAAAGAAGUGCUCAAAAAGGUGUAUCUGGAACUGGUCAAGGAAACGCCUGGUGAUUUGCUUCAGAAAGAGAUCUACUACUCAAGUGCCACUGCUACUGAAUGGUUCAAAAAGAGUACCUCCUUUGCCCGUUCGUUGGCUGUUACCUCCAUGAUUGGCUAUAUCAUUGGUCUGGGCGAUCGACAUUUGGACAACAUGCUGGUGGACUUCCGUUCUGGUGAGGUGAUUCAUAUUGACUACAAUGUCUGCUUUGAAAAAGGCAAACGACUUCGUGUGCCAGAGUUGGUGCCGUAUCGUUUGACUCAGAAUCUGUACGGUGCAUUGGGUAUCACCGGUGUCGAUGGACAGUUUAAGGCGGCUGCAGAAGAGACGUUGCGGGUACUCCGAAAGCACAAAGAGGUCUUGAUCACUUUACUGGACGCAUUUGUAUAUGAUCCUCUUGUUGACUGGGAGAGCGAAGCCAUGGAAGCAGGCCAUAGGCAAAUGAUGGAAUUGCAAGCCAAUCUCAGUCUGGUUGCUACGCGUGUCAUCAAGAAGCAGGCAGAGCAAGACAAGGAACGGAAGAUUAUAUUGGGAAGUCUUUCAGGCUUGAGGCACAAUCUACACCAAUGGCAAGAAUCCAUGUUGAUCGAGGCAGAGACAUUGAAUGCUGAGGAUGCUAGUGAUGAAGAAGAGCAGAGUCUAGAGCAUGAUGCUGUGAUGUCUUCUGCGACCAUUGAAGGCGAAGAUGCCACAUUUCUGGGCAGGCUUCCCCUGUAUCUGCUUCGUGAAGUUAAGUCUCAUCUGACCAAUGUGUAUUCUCUGGUAAGAGACUCUCGAUUACCAGCAGAAGGUAUCGCACCUAUUUUGGAAUCCAUCAUCAUUAUUGAAACAGACGCAGACAAUGAACUACGCCCAGCCCAAAACAGUGCAAAGACUGCCUUGGAUGCCAUUACACUGAUCACAGCCGAGCUCAAGAAGUUUGACAAGCAACUGAUCGAAAAGACAAACUACGAAUCAGAAUGGACGUACAGUCAAUUGUUGAAUUUCAUCAGCAUCCUGUCGAAAUCUGUGCAGGAUUACUUUACGGCAUUGAAAACAUUGGAAGAGUUUGGUCCCGAUAGCGUGAAAAAUAGCUCAUCUUCCAAUGCUGUGGAGGAAGAAGAGUCUAGCCAUGCUGCUGAAGACGACAAAACCACGCACCAGCAAAUAUCGCAGGGUCCAUAUGUCAUUAAACCUGCAUCAAGCAAUCAUGUUACAAAGAUCAUGAAAAGAAUUAGAUCCAAGCUUGAAGGCGCUGAUUUUGGAGUUCAGCACAAGAUGAAUGUCUCUGAACAAGUGGCAAGAUCGAUAGAGCAAGCUACAUCUGUUGAUAAUCUGUGUAUGAUGUAUGAAGGUUGGACGAGUUGGGUAUAG